AUGAACGACACUCGGCGGCGCGAGUUCUGGCAGACGAUCCUUGCAAUGGGCUUCGACGCAUCGGCGGCGUGCGCAGGGUCGUACUCAGGCGUGCGGCUGGACGCGCAGGUAUUCGAAACCGGCAUUUUCCACGCCAAAGCGGCCGAGCUUCUGCUGCACUUUCUUCUAACGCACCUCGACAGCGCACGGGCGCAACGCGACCUCGCAGACUGCUGGCCAAUCGCCGAUCCGCGACAAGCACGGGGCUUUCGCACGCACGUGUUCCGGUGGCUCGACGAGCUGCGGCGCGAGUCGCUGGAGCGGCAGGAUGGGCGGUGGCCCGGCGAUGUGCCAGUGCGCAGGUCGUUUGUGGAUGAGAGCCGCGGGGUGCGCUUCGAGUCGAUGCUGUGGGCGCUGGCGCGCGUCGUGGCCGUACACUUGGUUGAUGGGCCGUGGCGGGUGCAUCUGGCGCGGCCAGGGGACAAGGAUAGCCAGGGGGACCGGGGGGACCAGGAGGACCAGGGGGGCGUUGCGGCGUGUCGUGAGCGGUACGCUAGGCGGACCAGCGACCGGCUGCGUGCGCAGCGGCAGUGGCAGGCGGCCAAGAGCGCUGCCGAGGCGCAGACGGCGCGGGCGCGGGAGCAGCGCGACCACGUGCAUCGUCGCUUCCGCACGUGCCGGCACCGCAUGGCCCAGGCGGCCGAUGUGCCGGCAGUCGAUGCUUCGGCCGAGGAUAUAGAGCGGGCGCUGGAGCGGCGGGCAGCGGAGGCGCGCGCCUUAUGGGAGCGCAGUGCCGGGUGGGUCGAGCGGCACGCGGCGGCGGUGGCGACGGUCGACUCGGUGGUUGAGCGGCGAGCCAACAAUGUGCGGCUCGACCGCAGCCACGUGCGUGUUGCGCCGGCGCCGCAGCUGGCCAAUGAGUGGGCGCGGUGGCUGGGCGCCGAGCACGUGCAGCCGUUCCGCGGCGCCAGCGUCGACCUGCACGCUGUCGUGCGGAUGGCCGGCGCCUGCGUUGGCGCGCUGCGCGGCGCGCUUUCGUCGCCGACGCUGCAGCUUGCGCGGCAAGCGCGGGCGGAGCCGCCGCUGCUGCCGGAUGUCGGCGCACGGCUUGUGGUGCUGCAGGAAGCGCUGGCCGCGCAGAGCGAGCGCGUGGAGCGGCUCGGGAGGCUGAGGGCGCGGCUCGAGGAGCUGCAGCGCGCGGUCGGCGGCUGCUGCCUGAGUCCGUCUGCCGCUGCUCUGAAUGGCACCGCUGCUGGAGGCGCUGGCUGGGCCGUGCGGUGUUUGGCUGAGGCCGCUGCGGCGCCGGUGGAUGCCGCAGCAGAGCCGGCCAGCGCGGCCAGGAGCCGGGCGUUGCAGCUGGCGCGGCGCUGGGAUGAUCUGGCUGGCGACGUCGAGGUCGACGCUGACGCCGGGUGGCCGGGUGUGGCGCGGUUGUCGCUGACGAGCGAAGCGAUGACGACGCUGCCUGUUCUGUCUACUGUCGCCACGCGAGGAGGAUUGCAGUCGGAAACGCAGCCAUUAUUGCGCAAGCGCCCGGCUCUGUUUGCUGACGGUGGUGACAGCAACAAUGGCAGCGGCAGCGCGAAGCAUCACCGAAGGAACAAUGGUUCCGACCACGAUGGUGCCGACCACGAUUUCGAUAUGCUGCUUUGCGAUGACGGAGUGCCGGACUUUUUGGUUGGAUGA